GAAAUCAAUGAGGUGGGGCGCUUUCCGGUUCUCUGCAACUGAAUUGAGAAAACAAAAAGCAAUGGGCAAACAAAAGGUAACAAAGGGGAAGCAGCUGCCGGUGGUAAUACUAGCUAGCUAGUAUUAGUUUUGCUAUUUUAAGCAGUAGUGCAGUGACAAAUUGAUUCUUAGCUAGCCAAGAUGGGAAGUGACGAAGACAGGAAGGAUCGAAAACGAAAGGAUGAUGAAUCCUCCAAGUCUUCCCAAGAGAACCAGGAGAGAGUAGGGAAGAAGCGCCUUAGCCGCGAUUAUUCCGAUGAGGAGGAUUAUAAAGACCGCAAGAGGAGCCGGAAAAAAUCCUCCAAGAAGUAUGACGACGAAAGCUCGGAUAGUGAAGACGACAGGCGAAGGUCCAAAAAGGAGAGCAAGAAGAGAUCCAAAAAGAAGAGCAGUCGGAAACGCUCCAAACAAAAGGAUAGUGAUGACGAUGACGAUAGUUCCUCCAGUAGCGACGAUCGCCGCCGCCGAAGAGCACGAGACAACAAAAAGAAAAAGAAGAAACGAAAAAAGAGCAGUAGCAAACGAAAAAGAAAAGACGAGUCUGACGAGGAUAGCAGCAGUGACGAGAGCAAGACCAGGCGGAGCGCCAUUUCCGGCAAGAAGAUCAAGAUGAAGAUUGAAAAAGAUGCGGAGGAUUUGGCCAAUGAACGAGCCAGGAAGGAGCUCUUGCAAUUCAUGAACAGUUCUUUCAAAUGAUUUUUUUUAAACAGGGGACAACUAGCUACGGUAGCUGUUGGCAUGGCUUGGCUACCCCAGAGAUGUGGACGACCCCAUUGUGGUAUUCUGAUGAUGAAGAUUGAUGUUUUUGGAUGUUGCUGAACCUUGAAGAGAGAGAGAGAGAGAGUGUGUGUGUGUGUUGGCGCAAACACACUAAUAUCUUUGAUUUCAUCAAUUUUGGCUUUGCACCU